UUUUAUAUCAAGAAUUAAUAGGUUAGAAAUUUUAGGAUUUAAAAAACAUCUAUACAAAAUAAAACUUGAAUGAAUUAUGUAUUUCAAUUUAAACAAAUUUUAAUUUUAAUUUAUAAAAUUUUUUUAUUUAUAAAUUUAGAUUAUGUUUAAACAAUAAAAGUACCAAUUUAUUUAUAUCUAAAUAGUAAUUUAAAAUUAUAGUUUUUAAAUAUACUAAUGAAGUAUAUAACCUAAAAUAAUUUACAUGAAUGAUUAUUAUAAAAAAGAUUUCUUGUAAUAUUUAAAUAAUAUACCAAUAAUAAUAAAUCUUUUUAAUAAAAUAUUAUAUUAAAAAGAAUGAAUAAAAAUAUGUAUUUUCUUAUUAAAAUACAAAAUACACAAAUAUUCGGUGUAAAACAAAUAUUUAGAUAUAUUUUCAAUGAUUCCAUAAAAUAUGAUAUAUGGAAGCAAAGCAAAUUUAUGAACAAGUUUUUAAAAAAUAAAUUAGAAAGAUACUCAAAUGAAGAUAUAAAUCCUACUGCUUAUGUAGCAGAAAAUAAAAUUUCUGUGCAUACACAACGAAGAAUGAAUGUUCUGAAUAAAGUUUUUAUGGAACAUAUUACAGAUAUGAUGUCAACUGGAGAAGUAGAACCUGAAAUUUUAAAUAGAAAUGUAGAAAUUUCACAUAUAAAAAUAACUCCAGAUUUUAAACUUAUUAAUAUUUAUUGGAUAGAGAAUAAUGCUGAGAAAUUGGAUACUGAAGAACUAUUACAAAAAUGUGCUUUUCAAUUAAGACAUAAAUUAUCUCAACUUCGUAUAAUAGGCAUUGUACCUUCUAUUCAAUUUGUUAAAUGUAAAGGUAUUAAAGUUAUGAAAAAAAUAGAACAAAAAUUCAAAAUUAUGGAGUUUGAGGAAGAUUAUAUACCAAAUCCAUAUCCAGAUGCUAUACGUCAUACUAUUACUGCUUCUGACGUUGAGAAUGUACAUAAUAAUAAAGAAGACAAAUUUAGUAUAACUAUACCUAUAAUGAAACAUGAUGUAUUUGGAUUAGAUCACUUUCGAAUUAUGUCAAAGAUUAAAAAUUCAUUAAAUAAAUCAUUGAAACAAACAAUAAAUAUAAAUUCAAAUCCACAUUCAAAUCCACUUUCUAAGUUUGAUGUAAAAAAUAUUUCAAAUUUUGUAAUUGGUAAUGAACAUCAAGAACAAUUUGCUAAAUUUUUAAAUGAAAGACGAAAAGAGCAAAGAAAAAAAAAUAAGAGAAAAUAUUUUAAAUUAAAUGAUUUUACUUAUAAUUUUGAAGAAUAAAAUGUUAAUAAUAAGAUUGAAAAUAAUUAUGAUGAUUUUGUUAAAAAUGAUAAUGAUUUUAUGAAAAUGUUUUUUAUGAAAAUGAUAAUGAUUCCAUUCAUGAUGAAUUUAAAAGAAAACGAUAAUAAAUAAAUAAUAGUAUAAAAAAUAUUUAGAGUAGGACAAAUUUUUCAAUGUAAACAUAAAAAAUUAAUAUCAACAAUAUUUAUUUCGUUUAUUAUUAUAUCUUACAUUUAAUUUAGUCAUAUAAUAUAUUUGUACAUAAUAUACAGUUUGACCUUCUGUAUUAAAUUUAUAAUAUGAUUUAUAUAUAUAUAUAUAUAUAUAUAUAUAUAUAUAUCUAUAUAUAUAUGAAUAUUGAUCCCAUUGAUUGAAUUUGAUUUUAAUAUUACACAUUAUGCUUUUAAUCAAGCACAAAUAUUUAAAUAUUUCUAUAAUUAGUACUAUUACUCUUUUAUUAAAAUAUAUUUAUAUUUUAUUAAAAUAUACAAUCUUAUGAAGAAAUUAAAAUUUAUAAAAAAAUUAGAUAUUUUAAUGUUCAACUAUUGUUUAGAAAUAUAAAUGAUAAAUCAAUGAGCUUAAACUAAGAAUUGAGCUCCAUUAUUCUUGAAACAAUUCAAGAAAUUAUAAAUUACAGCAUUAACAAAGUAUAACAUAAAUUAGAAAAUAAUUAAAUAACAUUAAUCAACAUGUAAUUAUUGUUUGGUACGUUGCAAUACAUAUAUCUAAUCUAAAUCACACAAUUCAUGCAGUCAUUUGACUGCAAUUAAAGUCAAAACAGUACGAUUCAAUUAUCAAAUUUUAUACUUUUUAAAUUUUAAAUAAAUUUUAACUAGAUCGUG